AAUUCAAAUUACCGGGAGGGACGGUGCGGUCACGUGGCUCGGUGUCUGAGGAGAGCCCGGUUUCGGAGUUCAGCUGAGCAUUUGUUGGAGGACGAGAGUUCGCUCAAACGUGGUCUUCAGUGUAUGACUUCAAUCUUGAUAGACUGGGGAGUAAAGAGACUAUUUUAAACUGAUUUGCCCUAUGUGUUCCUUACAACGCCUUUAAACAUAUCUGUGGCGCAUCAGCCAACAUCUAAAUCAGGAUUUGGGAAAAAAAAAAACUUUGGUGAGGGUUUGAUUUCUUGGUUACUCUUUCCCACUGUGGAGUUUGCUCUGUAAUCGCUGCAGUGAAAAUGCAGCGCUCCUUCUAAUGGACGUGGAAACAAUUCUUCUGAUAGAAUAACGGAAAUUGGUGUCCGCACACACAGAGGUUCAGCUUUUUUCGGAAAUACAGGAAAAUGAGGGAUGCAACGGCGCACGUAGUCUUCUGCACCAAUAUCUUAAAUUACUCUACAGAGUGUGGUCGUGCUGGACCUGUAUGAGGAGCUGCUGCAGUGCAGCCCACAGAAGAGGCUCUUGGAAGUCUGAAGAGGCGACUGUGACGCUUUGUGUCAUAAUUGGGAGGUCAGCAGAAUUGGAUAAGAACCAAUUUCUAAUGCAAACUUUUAUCCAAGAAUGAGGAACAAAUACACAAUUUUCCUAGUCUUCAUAGUGGCACUUGUCAUCAUUGAGAAGGAACAUAAGAUAAUAUCAAGGGUCUCUGACAAGUUGGCACCAAAGCAGACGCCUCAGACCCCACUGGAUUCCAGCGUUUCGGAGCCCCUGGUGCUGACAGAAAAUGGCUCCUAUUCGGUCCUCAGCGAGCUGGACUUGGCGUUUUCGCAGUUCAAGCAGCGGCUGGAAAACUACAGGCAGCAGAUGCAGCAGCGGCAGAACAGCGACCUCCCCGGCGCACGCAGGCACAUCCUCCUGUUGGCUACGACUAGGACGGGCUCCUCCUUCGUCGGCGAGUUUUUUAACCAGCAAGGCAGCAGCAUGUUUUACCUGUUCGAGCCGCUGUGGCACGUCGAACGGAUGCUCACGCUCGAGACCGGGGGCACCAACGCGUCGGUGACCGCGAAGGCCUACCGGGAGGUGCUCCGGCAGCUCUUCCUCUGCGACUUCGCCCUGAUCGAGCGCUUCAUCGCCCCUCCACCCGAGGACCACGUCACGCCGGCUUGGUUCCGCAGGGACUCCAGCAGCUGUCUGUGCGAAGACCCCGUGUGCACUCCACCUGUGAAGAAGGUGUCUGAGAGGUACCACUGCAAGACCCGGCGGUGCGGACCGCUGAAUUUAACCCUGGCCUCGGAGUCGUGCCGGCAGAAGCAGCACGUGGCCAUCAAGACGGUGCGGGUCAGGCAGCUGGAGCUCCUGCGUCCGCUGCUCGAAGACCCGCGCCUGGACGUGAAGGUCAUCCAGCUGGUGCGGGACCCCAGGGCGGUCCUGGCCUCCCGGAUGGUGGCUUUCUCUUACAGGUACAGGAACUGGAAGAAAUGGGCCACGGACACGGAGGUGCCCAUCGACGAAAACGAGGUGAAGAAGUUGAAAGUGAACUGUGAGAAUAUCCGGAUGUCGGCAGAGGUCGGCCUGGGACAGCCGUCCUGGCUGAGGAACCGCUACAUGCUCGUGCGCUACGAGGACAUUGCCCGGUAUCCGGUCGAGAAAGCCACUGAAAUGUACAGAUUUGUUGAUAUUCCCUUCACUCCACAGGUGAAAGAGUGGAUUCUCAGAAAUACCCAAACUUCAAAGGACACCAGUGGCGUGUACUCCACACAAAAGAACUCCUCGGAACAGGUGGAGAAAUGGAGGUUCAGCAUACCUUUCCAUUUCGCCCAGGUGGUCCAGGGUGCCUGUGAGCCUGCAAUGAAUUUGUUUGGGUACAAACUUGCUCAUGACAAACAGAUGCUUACAGACAGGUCAGUGAGUCUGACUGAAGAAAAAACAUUUAACUUCAAUUAAUCAUUUAUUACUCUGUUUAAAAUGAAAUUCUCCUUGCACAAGGACAGAUAUUCUUUGACACUGAAAUCAGGAAAUUAGGAAAGCAGGGGGUUGGGAGUCUUCUGCUGUGUUGCUAUUGGUUUGCCCAGAUUUACUACAGCAUGUGCAGGGAUCUAGAAUACCUAGGAUACAGGCACAAGUUGUGAAAAACAGUUUUAGAAAAGCAUUCAAGCCUGGCAGACUUUUAAAUACUCUUCACAAUUCACUCUGUCCUAAACUUGGAAGGUAUUUGGUAUUUGGCAAAGAUAAUCUGUAAAUAUAUGAGGCAAUACAGUAAAGAAACACUGUCCAAUUGAACACUCCUUUCCACGUUGUCACUUAACACAUUAUUUCUUGUGAAA